CUCAAGAAAACACAGCUAGGAUCCAGUAGAGCAGCCAAGAAACAAACCGUGUGGAAUAUUACUAGUGGCAAUUCUGCAUAUACACAAUACCUGUCAUCUUUCUAAACCAAGGUAUCAUUAUCAAGCCCAUUUUUGGGGGAAAAAAGGGCCUCAAUUUUUACAAGAAAAUCCAAGAUUUGUUGACAUGGAGGACCGCAAGGAGAGGAAUGCACCAUGGCUAUCCGUCCCACAAUUCGGGGACUGGGAUCAAAAGGGUGCAUUGCCCGACUACUCGAUGGAUUUCUCGAAAAUCAGACAAAUGAGAAUGGAAAACAAGAAGGAUUUGUCAAGAGCCAGUCUUGGAAAUGAGGAAGAACUAUUCCCUUCGAACACGAGAAAUUCGAAUGCUGCCCGCAAUGAUAAUCUCGACGGUUAUCACAAUUAUCAUCCGAACAACUCUCCAACUAGGAGGAGAAGCAUCUUCAGCUACUUCAACUGUUGUGUGAAGGCCUGAAGCUAGAUGGAGCAAUUUGGUUUUUUACUUUUACUUAAAAUCAAUGUUUUACUUAUGUAAUCUGUAAACCUAGAUCACUCUGUUUUAACAAGAAAAUGGGUAUUAUUGAUGCACA